UGAAUAACUAAGCAGAUCAAUAAUAAUAUGUCCACCAUAUCAAACAAAUCAAACCAUUUUCUUUUGUCUCGAAUGUGCUUUUUGCCAUUUGAGAUUAAAUGGUCUUAUUUAAAAAUAUCCGUUUUUGUUUGCUUGUGAAAUCCAAGAUUCAAAUGCAAGAUUUGUGUCGUUCUCUGUAUGAAAUUGUGAUCCUCUAGAAUCUGUAGAAGAAGAAGAAGAAAAAAAAAGAAAGUACAUAUAUAAAUAAUAAAAAAAAUGAGCUGCUUUUCUUGUUGCAUGUCACAAGAGAAACUAGAAAGAAGGUCUUUGAAGAAGAGCAUUAAGGAAUACCGUGAUACAAAAACUUUGGCUUCAUUCGCUAAUAUCUCCUUUAAAAGUGAUAGUAGCAAACGUAGGUACAUAACUGAAGAGAUAAGCAAGAUUGGCAAAGGAAAUAUCACAGCACAGAUCUUUUCUUUCCGAGAGCUAUGCGUAGCAACUCAAAACUUCCACCCUGACCAUCUUCUUGGCGAAGGCGGGUUCGGAAGGGUCUACAGAGGAAACAUUGAGAGCAAAAAUCAAGUAGUUGCUGUUAAGCAGCUUGACAGGAAUGGAUUCCAAGGAAACAGAGAAUUCCUUGUAGAAGUGUUGAUUUUAAGUCUUCUUCACCAUCCCAACCUUGUUAAUUUGGUUGGUUAUUGUGCUGAUGGUGAUCAGAGAAUUUUGGUUUAUGAGUAUAUGCCUAGUGGGUCCUUGGAAGAUCAUCUUCUUGAUUUAGCUCCAAAUAGCAAGGCUUUGGAUUGGAAUACCAGGAUGAAAAUUGCAGCUGGUGCAGCUAAAGGACUCGAAUAUCUACACGAGCAAGCCAACCCCCCGGUUAUAUACCGUGAUUUCAAAGCAUCUAACAUACUGUUGGACAAGGAGUUCAAUCCAAAACUUUCUGAUUUUGGCCUUGCAAAGUUAGGUCCAACUGGUGAUAAGACCCAUGUGUCCACCAGGGUCAUGGGAACCUAUGGCUACUGUGCACCUGAAUAUGCCCUCACGGGCCAACUGACGACGAAAUCCGAUGUUUACAGCUUUGGGGUUGUGUUUUUGGAGAUAAUCACGGGAAGGAGAGUGAUAGACAAUGCAAGACCAACCGAGGAGCAGAAUCUAGUCAAUUGGGCACAACCACUAUUCAAAGACAGAAGGAAGUUCACACUAAUGGCAGAUCCAUUGCUUGAAGGGAAUUACCCUGUAAAGGCUCUAUACCAAGCUCUUGCAGUUGCAGCCAUGUGUCUCCAGGAGGAAGCGGCUACUCGGCCUCUCAUCAGCGACGUCGUGACAGCUCUCGAGUUCUUUGCUUCGAACAAGAAUGAGGGAGCAAUCAUGUCAGAAGAGGUUGUGAAUUCAGCUUCUCCAAAUAGAGAUAGUGAUGAAGAUAUUGAUACUGAUGAUACUGAUAGAUCAGAAGACAGUACUAGGGAAACAAAAAGUAUUUGA